GUCAGCGCACUGGCGCUCGUAGCUGGUUUGAUGAUUUUCAUGAUCACUUGCGGUCAACCAUCAACAUCGAGGCCUUUACAGAAGCUCCAGCACUGUUUUGCAUACCAGUUGCCAAAGAUGGCGGGGGUACUGCAGCUGGCGGGGGAGGCCUCAGUCAUGUAGAUGAUGUCUUUGCCGCAGGCGGUGUCUUGGCCAUGUCAGCACUGCGCAGUUCGGUGAAGGGUAAGUACAAAUGUACCAUUCAAGAGCUUCGCCAGGUUGGGGAGGAAAUCUCCUUUCUAAAGCGUCGCCAUGCAUGGGUCAGUGCUGGCAUAGAUGGCCGGGGUUGGAUUCUAGGCAUCUUUUCAAAUCCAAAACACAUCCAGUACCUUGCUGAGCUGCUUGGUGUGACUAAGCAGGCCAAGAAGAAUACUCCCCUUCCUACCGGUGCAUUGCCCCUCUUUGUGCAAGAAGAUCUGAUCAGUGAUGAUCAAGCAGCGCUGUACCGCAAAUGUGUUGGGAUUCUUCUUUACAUUUCACCAGAUGUGCCAAGUGCCCAGUAUGCAAUCAAAACACUUGCAUCAUUCUGUGGCAAGUCCAAUGUCGGGGCUUGGAAAUGCCUGCGCCACCUUGCCAAUUAUCUGUUCAACAGUGCUGAGUAUGUCUUGUGCCUUGAGACAGCAGGAAAGGGCCGUGGGCAUGUGACCAGGAUUGCCUACUUGAGUCACUUGAUCAAUGUGCGGGAUGCAGCCUCCGGUUUCAGACGUGUGGGUGAGGAUGAGUUCUAUGCCAUCCAAGAACGUGAGGAAGCCAAGAAGUUCAUCAGGUCAGUGAAGAAGCUGAAUCAUGGUGGUCACGCAAAUCAUGGCUUACGUGUGUUGUCCUUGCUACUCCAGAUAGUGGCUACGGAAUCAGUUGAGCACAGUUUGAGCUCCGAUGAUCAUGGUGAUCAUAAUGGGUCAGGCGAUGCGCGUGCCUUUGACUUUAAUCCUGACCGUGCCGAGUCAGCAUGGAGCCACCUCCUUGCCAUGAUGAUUGAAGCAGCCGCUGAUCCCGAUGCUCAUGAUGCUAUGCCGCCUCUUGAGCCUUUGGAUGAGGAUGAUGCUACCAGCAAUCCGUUUGAGCAGCAUUCACCGCGCACCCGUGCCAUGAUCCUUGAUGAAACUCCACCUGCAACUCCCAGUGUUGCAAGUGUACAGCCUGAGUUUGAGCCGGAUGAGUCAGAUGCUGAUGAUGCAGAGUCAUACAAUGGCCAUACCAAUGAUGCGCAAGCACAGGAAAUCAUUGGAGUUCAGCAAGCCGUUAUUAUGCAGCCACCAAAUCAGCCGAUUGUUCAUGCAGCUUUGAACUUUGCGGACUUGGUGAUCCGACAUGAUGCCGAUGUGUGGUAUGGACCAGUGUCAGGUGUACGGUACCACUGGAGACGUACGUGCCCGGGUUUGCGCAAUGCAGCGUACAUUGGGCAGAUGACGUACACUCAGAUGAUCGCUGAACG